AUGUUGAAUGCCUACCGUCGCAUUAGGCUUCUACUUCUCUGCAUACUGGUCCUUGGGUUGUCGUUAGAUGUGGGUGACACUAGGCUCCUGUCUGUGUCUGCAGCCCAGUUGGUUCCGCAAGAUGUGAAUUUACUACAACGCGUGGAGACGGAGACAGUAGGCACUGUUAUUCCUGACGCCGGCCCGGACUUUCAAGAACUGGUGCGGUCUUACCGGCCACCUCACCCAAACAUGCUACUGUUAUUGCAAAAGGAUGGUAAAAUUUCAUCUUAUGGGCUCGAUGAUGGAAAACCAUUGUGGACUGUGGACACAGGUGGAGACAUGCUGCGUGUGGAAAUUCAACAGCAUGCGAGGGAGCCAGUGAUUAGUCAAGACCCCUUUGCAUUGCCUUUUAUACUGGAGGGGGGUGUGCUGUUUACGAGGCGUUGUUUUGCACCAUGUCAGUGUUGGAGGCAUACGUCAGAUAAGUGUUGUGCCUGCAGUGACACCGAAGUGGAAGCAGGGCCAAACGAAGGGGAGGUUAGAGACAGCACAAAAGGUAGAGGUGGAACUCCUUUUUCACAGAUGCAUCCUCGUUGUUUUAUGAAUCUUUCGACACUAAUUAAAAAGAAACACGUACUGGUGGGAGAUACAGAUAUAUUUGUGACUACAUCAGCGCAGAUUAUCGAUGUGGAUGGCUACGACGGUAAACCAGUGCCGGAACCAUUUUUUUUACUUUCUUACAUGCAUGUUGUGCGGUACGACUUUACUCUUAAUGUGCGGCGUCCUGGUCACUACAGUUGGAAGAUGAGUAUAGCUCAGUAUAAGGUCUCUGAAAAGACUUCUUUGCGCGUUUCUGAAGAAGAUUCGGCGGACGAUGAUCCAAAGUUUGUAUCUCGUGCCCUCCAAGGGCUGCUUCAAACAGGUGACUGUGGUGGCAAAGAUCAUGUGCCUUUUACAAACGAUGUCAACAAGGCGGGAAAAGGAAGUAUGGAACCAGCGGCUUUGGAUGAGAAGUUCCAUAAAGAAAACCUCGCCAAACAGUUGAUGAUUCGAGAGAUUGACCGGGACAAAUACAUACUUUGGAGUAAAUUGAAAGAUGCGGCUGUUUGGCCUUCCGUUGUGAAUUCACUUAGUACUGUUAUGUCUGCGUUUGUUUGGAUAUCAGACGGGGGCGGGGUGCUGCCUCUUCCCAUUUACCGGUUUGAGGCAACAACUCGUAUCAAGGAUGUAGUUGAACUAUUGACUAUGGGGAGAACGGACUUGCCUUAUCUCCCAGCUAUUAUCAAAAAGGAGCCACGACGGAAUAUUGUUUCCUUUAACUUGCAUCGAUCUCCCAGUACCUGGGAAUUUGACAUUGUUGCCGAUGAGUUUGAACUUCGUGAGCUUCAAAAUUCAUAUCAGCAGUGCUCUUGGAUUCGUGGGUGUGAUGCCUCUGCUGGGAAUUUGCCAAAUAGUCUUCCCAAUGACAGCAAUUCUAAAACGUCAUCGCAGCUUGCGCUUGUGCCUUGGUUUCCGUUGUCUCACACAAGUACAGGAAGUACACUGUUCGUAGUGUUUAAUUCUAUUUGCGGUUUUAUUUCCUUCUCCGCAGCUUUCUUUUCUGUGGUCAUCCGGUGGUACAUGAGGCAUACAGGAGUUGGACAGGAAGUUUUUGUGGAUCGCGUCGGUAAAUCCCCCGUGCCCGGUUUGUUAAAGUCCAACCUUUUGCAUCGCAGCUUUACGCUGGAACGCAGUGGAGCAUGCGUGGAUGACGCACGUGGGAAAUUGGGACUAUCUUGCACACCUGAACUCCGGCAGAGUUCCACUCCUAUGACUCUAUUACAGGAUAAUGAGAUGCAUCCAUCAUGUAAAACAAGCAUGAUAGGAACCAAUUCAAUGCCUCGUGUGGAUUCAUGGUGGAAACACUCAGUAGAUGAUGAUGUUUCACUGAGCGACAAACCAAGCAGUGAGUCGUUUAUUCCCUCAAAUGCACAAGUUUUACCGCAGCUUUUUAAGCUGCAGUUUCAAACAGCUGAAAAAAUUGGGUCUGGAGCGGAAGGAAGUGUUUUCCGUGUGAAGCACCAAGUGACUGGAGUUUCAUAUGCAGUUAAGGCAAUUCUUAUACCAGAAGACAACGAAAUUUAUAUACAGGAAGCUGUGCUGCAUAGUACCUUUGAUUCUGUUAAUGUCGUGCGUUUUUUCAAUGCCUGGGUUGAAUGCUUGCCACAGAACUUUGCCAAGAAACUUGGUCUACUUCAUCGCGAUGACACCAUGGACAACCUCUCUUCGGAAACUUUUGACACCCUUGACGGCAACCUCAUGGAAUCUGCUUCUAGCGAUAAAUGUUAUACCGUGUUAUUUAUUCAGACAGAGUGGUUUGAGCGCGGCACUCUGGCUGACCAUUUUGUUGAGAGAGCAAGCUUCACUCGUUUAAGUAACCUAACGCACCUUCUCCAAAUUGCGGAGGGACUGCAGUACUUGCACAUGCAGUAUGUGGUUCACUGCGACCUCAAGCCAAGAAAUAUUUUUAUGUCGGACUCUGGGAUCAUGAAAAUUGGGGAUUUUGGCCUUUCGAAAAAAAAUCGUACACGCUUGCGUAAGAUAUGCGACGGCGCAGGUGAGGUUACGUCUAACUCCUGUAUAAGUGCAGAGGAGCAGUCAGCUCAUGCUUGUACGCCUCUUUACUGCAGCCCUGAGCAGAAACGUGGAGAGACUGCAACCGAGGCAAGCGAUAUUUACUCGCUGGGUUUGAUUGCGCUUGAGUUUUACUGUAUGUUUACCACGCAGCAUGAACGGUACCACACACUGGGGGAGGCACGUCACGGUGUGUUUUCAAGGGAGUUUGUGGAUAAGUACCCUGCGGAAAAGGUGUUUUUUCAGAAGAUGUUGUCGGAAGACGUGGCUCAGCGUCCAGCGAUGAAGGAUAUCGUUAAUUUCCUGCGACAGGAAAUUAAGGAGGAAGAGGAAAAGGAGGAAGAGAAGGAUGCAGUGAUCACGGCACCUACCACCUCGCUUAGCCCGUUUGCAGGGUGCGACCUUUCAAACCCCAUGCUUUCACUGAGGCCGUCAGAGGAUGACAAACCAGUAACAAGGUUUGAUUCCGCAUUCAACAGACUGUCUUUGAGCUCGCUGGAAUCUUUGGCUCACGCCACUUGA